AUGUGCAAUAUUUGUAAUUCAGAGUUAACAUUUACAUCAGACUGUCAAAAGUAUUGUGAAAAUUGUUUUAUAUUUUAUGUUGGAUGCAGAUAUUGUUUAACAACAAACAUUCUUUUUGGACCUACGGAUCAAUCUCAAUGUAAAAAAUGCAAAAGAAUAUCGUCCAUAAAUAGUGAUUUUGAUGGGUUUCUUUUUAAUAAUAAUCUUAUAACAUGCGAUAGUUUAGAUUAUUUGAAGUCAGUUGAAUUUGAAAAUAUUGUAAAAAACAUUAAUAAAUAUUUUGUACCAGAUAAUAUAUUACGGUCUAUAUUUAAAGAAAAAAAACAAGCAAAACAAAAUGAUAAGUGGAUACCAUAUCGAUAUUCUCAAUUUAAAGAUAUAAAAGAAAUGACAAAGGGAGGAUAUGGUAUUAUAUAUACAGCAACUUGGUCAAAAAAAAAUAAUAAAAAUGAAAUUGUCAUUUUAAAAAGAUUUGAAAAUUCUAAAAAUAAUGGCAAAUAUUUCUUAAAUGAGUUAAAAUCAUAUUAUCAUUGUUUUAAAGACGAAAAGGGUCAUAUCAUUGAAACUUAUGGCUUUACAAAAGAUCCUGAAUUAGAGGAUUACAUAAUAGUUAUGGAAUAUGCAUCAGGAGGGGAUUUACAUAAGCAUUUGCAGAAGGGUUUUGUACGUAUUACAUGGGAAUAGAGAAAAAUUACGUAUUUUACAUCAAAUUUCAGACUUGAAACUAUUCAUAAUAAAGAAUUUAUGCAUCGAGAUUUCCAUAGUGGAAACAUAUUAUUUGAUCCAAAUUUUAGAGUGUUAAAUGAUGAUUGGAAAAUUGGAGAUCUAGGAUUAUCACAAGCUGUGAAUAGUGAAUCAUCAAAU